AAGCUACAUAUAGGACAUCCAUGUUGCAUUGGGUAUAUUGGGUGGUGGUGGUGGUGGUAGCGGGGGUGGCGACAUUCAAGGCUAGGGGAGCACAAGUCACGUAUGAUGGAAGGUCACUUAUCAUAGAUGGCCACAGAAGAAUUCUCUUUUCUGGUUCUAUUCACUAUCCUCGCAGCACUCCCCAGAUGUGGGCGUCACUAAUAGCCAAAGCCAAGGAAGGAGGGGUAGAUGUGAUUCAGACCUAUGUGUUUUGGAACCGUCAUGAGCCACAACCUGGUCAGUAUGAUUUCAAUGGAAGAUAUGAUCUGGUGAAGUUCAUCAAGGAAAUCCAAGCUCAGGGACUCUACGCUUGUCUUAGGAUAGGACCCUUCAUUGAGAGUGAAUGGAGUUAUGGUGGGCUUCCAUUUUGGUUACAUGAUGUUCCUGGCAUUGUUUAUAGGACUGAUAAUGAACCCUUCAAGUUUUACAUGCAAAAUUUUACCACAAAAAUAGUGAACUUGAUGAAAUCAGAAGGUUUAUAUGCAUCACAAGGAGGACCAAUAAUACUGUCACAGAUUGAGAAUGAAUAUCAAAAUAUUGAAGCAGCAUUUAAUGAGAAAGGACCUUCAUAUGUCCGUUGGGCGGCUAAAAUGGCAGUUGAGCUCCAAACCGGUGUACCAUGGGUGAUGUGCAAGCAAAGCGAUGCUCCUGAUCCUGUGAUCAAUACAUGCAAUGGGAUGAGAUGUGGACAAACUUUCACAGGACCCAACUCUCCAAAUAAGCCAUCUAUGUGGACAGAGAAUUGGACAUCUUUCUAUGAGGUGUUCGGGGGAGAAACAUACCUAAGAUCUGCUGAAGACAUAGCAUUUCAUGUUGCACUUUUUAUUGCAAGAAAUGGAAGCUAUGUAAAUUAUUACAUGUAUCAUGGAGGAACUAAUUUUGGAAGAGCAAGCUCAGCAUAUAUCAAAACAAGUUAUUAUGAUCAAGCUCCUCUUGAUGAAUAUGGUUUAAUUAGACAACCAAAAUGGGGCCAUCUCAAGGAGUUGCAUGCAGCAAUAACACUUUGCUCUACACCUUUGUUAAAUGGAGUGCAAAGCAAUAUCUCAUUAGGUCAACUUCAAGAGGCAUAUGUUUUUCAAGAAGAAAUGGGAGGAUGUGUUGCAUUUCUAGUAAACAACGACAAAGGAAACAAUUCUACUGUCCUAUUUCAGAAUGUAUCAAUUGAACUGCUUCCAAAGUCGAUAAGUAUCCUACCAGACUGUAAAAACGUGAUUUUUAACACUGCAAAGGUAAAUACAGGAUAUAACGAGAGAAUUACAACAUCAAGCCAAUCAUUUGAUGCAGUUGAUAGAUGGGAAGAAUACACAGAUGCCAUCCCAAACUUCUUAGAUACAUCACUAAAAUCAAAUAUGAUACUAGAGCACAUGAAUAUGACUAAAGACGAAUCUGAUUAUCUAUGGUAUACUUUUAGAUUUCAACCAAAUUCAUCUUGCACUGAACCCCUACUUCAUAUUGAGUCUCUUGCACAUGCCGUGCACGCUUUUGUCAACAACAUAUAUGUGGGAGCUACGCACGGAAGUCAUGAUAUGAAGGGUUUCACCUUCAAGAGUCCAAUUUCAUUAAACAAUGAGAUGAACAACAUUUCCAUACUCAGCGUAAUGGUUGGAUUUCCGGAUUCGGGAGCUUAUCUUGAGAGUAGGUUUGCAGGAUUGACAAGAGUUGAAAUUCAGUGCACUGAGAAAGGGAUUUAUGAUUUUGCUAACUACACAUGGGGAUAUCAGGUUGGGCUAUCAGGGGAGAAGUUGCAAAUAUACAAAGAAGAAAAUUUGAGUAAUGUUGAGUGGAGGAAAACUGAAAUCUCCACCAAUCAACCACUCACUUGGUAUAAGAUUGUAUUUAAUACACCUUCGGGAGAUGACCCAGUUGCCUUAAAUCUUAGCACAAUGGGGAAAGGUGAAGCCUGGGUAAACGGACAAAGCAUUGGUCGCUAUUGGGUGUCGUUCCACAACUCUAAAGGGGAUCCUUCACAAACACUGUACCAUGUGCCUCGUGCCUUCCUCAAAACAUCUGAAAACCUUUUAGUUUUGCUUGAAGAAGCCAACGGAGAUCCUCUUCACAUUUCCUUAGAAACUAUUUCACGUACUGAUUUACCUGAUCAUGUUUUAUACCAUCACCUUCCUCAAGAAAAACAAAGGGUGCAAAGUGAAUAAUAUGCAUGCACAAAGUUGAGAUUUAGUUUCAUCCUAAAAGGAUCGUCUUUAAAUUUCUUUUACAAGCCUUGGAGCUACUUAUUGGGAAGCAGUCAACCCAUUGACCAAGAAAUAAUAAUUGAUAAUGUGAGUAUCUAUCUUGCUACUUGCUUAUUCUAAAUAUAUCAAUAAAGACCGGUAACAUGUAUUUAAUGUUAUUUAUUAUCGUACA